UUUUCUUUUUCAAAAACCUAAAUUUCUGCUUCUUUCUUUUCGCUUCUAAAAUUCUAAUUCUUGAAGGGUUUUUAAUUUUGUUUGAAUAGGUAUAAAAGAGAGAUCGAAAAUGUAUCUGCAAUUUUACAUCAACGAUAAUGGCGACAAAGUCUAUACUACCAAGAAGGAAUCACCUGUUGGUAAGGCCACAGAAUCAGCUCAUCCAGCUCGCUUUUCUCCUGAUGACAAAUUCUCAAGGCAGAGAGUUCUGUUAAAGAAGCGCUUUGGAUUGUUGCCCACCCAACAAACACCUCAGAAGUACUGAUAUUGGAUGAUCACAUAACCUUCUGGUGCUUGGGGAUGUGUUGAAUCUGUUUCAUAUGUUUCGGUAUUAUGUUAUGAAAUUGCCUCAUAUGUUUCGUUGAUCUCAUAUGAAAUUGCCUCAUAUGUUAUGAAAGAGUGCAGACUAGAUUUUGUGAUGUACACAUUUUAAGGUUGUAACUUUAAGAAUGAGUUUUGUCAUUAAAUGUCAACGUCUAGUUAUUCUGUCUCAAAA